AACCGAAACAUACAUUCCUAAAUUCUUAGUACAAGGAACGAAUCUGGGCUUUACACAAACCCCAACUGCAUAAACACAGUUACAAAGAUCCCUUCUUUGUCCCCUACCCUGAGCCGCCCUUCAAUUCGCCAACCCUACCAAAGCCCCUAAAACCCCCUAUUUCCCAGCGCUGUUCUUGUUUUACUCCGCAUUAUUUGAGCCUUCAAGGGUCUUGUCUUCAAGAGUUCUUGAAAUUUUGAGAGUUUUUUUCAAGAAUUCUUGAAAGUUUGGGGAGUUCUUUGAAGGUAUUGGAGUUCUGUAGCUUCUGAAAGGGUGUCUGAUUCUGAGUAAUUUUUGGAUUGGGUGAGUUGGGCAGUGUGAAAGGUUUGAUCUUUGAUGUGGGGGUUUUGAAAAUUUUGCAUUUCCCCAUAUGGGCUUUGGAGAUUGGAGCAUUUGGCGUUUUCUUCUGGUAUGAUUUUCUUGUUUUGACCGGCGCGGCUUGGAAUAAGUGAUUUUCUCUAUCCUGUUUUAGCUGCCAUGAUUUACAGAUACUUGUGCCACUGUUCAUAUAUGGCAUUGUUUGAUUCUUUACCAUGAAUGGUUUCUGGUAGUUAUGUAGAAUUUGAGGUUGUUUUUUUUUUUUUUUUUUUUGUUGAGAACUGAAUUAUUGAGAGAAGUAGGAAGUGUUUUGUUUUCUUAAAAAAAAAAAUUGUUUAGCUUAGGUUGUAGUGUGAAUAUGUCGGGUGGAUCACCAACUGUUGGAGGUGGAUACAUGAGACAGAGGUACAGCCAAGGCUAUGCCUCGAGUGGCGAUGAUCUUGAGGAUGAUGCUUGUUCUAGAUCAUUUGCACAAUCGCCUUCGUGUCUGAGAACAAGGACAUGGGUUGAGGUUGUAGAAAAUUGUCUGUGGAUUGCUUCGGCCCUAUUCAUCAUCUAUUAUGGCGAUCAAGAUUACAAUUUCAUUUACUUGUUGUGGCACGAUGGCCGCAUCAGAAGAAUACCACUGUACAUGGGCAUGUUUGCGGUUGGCUUGAAUGCUAUCUUUUUCUUUUAUACAAUUAUGUUAGCGUGGGGAAUCCGAAAGUCUAGUGAGAAGUGGGAAACCUCAAGUAGUGCUAAUCUGCCCGUUGUCACGGUUCUCGGGCUCAUUUCGUUCUGCCUAUUCUCUUUUGCAUUGUGGCCAAUUUGGAGUUUCUUGACCCUGCCUCUUGUGUUCACUCUAUUUAUGGCUUGCAUGGUUAUAUUGCCAUAUUUGGUUCUCGAGAGACUCAAGUCCCAAGAAGAUGAUUUUCGUAUCGAUUAGACAUUGGUGGCAGUAUACAUCGCUAACUUAGUUGAAGGUUUAUAGAUAACACAGACAACAAGAUUAUGACAUGAAACUGAUGUUUGUCGGAAAUUGAAAGUACAUAUGAGUUUCAUCUGCUACAAGUAUUGUUGUACUAAGUUACUGAUUGAAAGAAGUAUAGAUUGAGUUUGGGACAA